AUGGCACUCUUCACAAGAGUCAGCCAUCGUCUUAACGCCACUGACUCUGUCCCCUGUGAGGCCGAUAACGCUACAGAGCACGACCUGCCGCGCUCACAUGCCUACUAUGCCCUCUGCUACUGCAUCCUGAUUUUGGCCAUCAUCUUUGGGAACGUGCUGGUCUGCUUGGCAGUUCUCAGAGAGCGCACCUUGCAAACCACAACAAACUACCUCGUGGUGAGCCUGGCGGUGGCAGACUUGCUUCUGGCUACGUUGGUGAUGCCAUGGGUGGUGUACCUGGAGGUGACUGGAGGAGUCUGGACUUUCAGCCGUAUCUGCUGUGAUAUCUUUGUCACCAUGGAUGUAAUGAUGUGCACAGCCAGCAUUUUAAACCUCUGUGCUAUCAGCAUUGACAGAUACACUGCAGUGGUGAGACCAGUUCAGUACCAGUACAACACUGGGCAGAGCUCCUGCAGGAGGGUCUCUCUCAUGAUUGUGGUAGUUUGGAUGCUGGCGUUCGCAGUGUCAUGCCCUCUCCUUUUUGGCUUCAACACUACAGGGGAUCCCAGUGUUUGUUCCAUAUCCAACCCUGUUUUCAUCAUCUACUCCUCAUUGGUGUCCUUCUACCUUCCCUUCGUGGUGACCCUGCUGCUCUAUGUCCGGAUUUACCUCGUGCUAAGACAAAGACAAAGGAAGCGAAACCUCACUCGGCAGGGCAGCCACAGCACCAGCACCAGGCUGUCUUACACGCACAAAGAACACCUGGAAAGAAAGACAUUGUCCAACAGAUGCCAAGGCACCUUUUCACCUCGUCUCCCAUUCAAAUGCCCCGGGCAGGAGACAUCUGCCACAAGGAAGUUGCUGGCACUCCUCAGCCUGCAGCGGUACUGCAGCUUCUGCCAAGAGGCAGCCCUCACCCGGGCACCAGGGACUACCCAGCACAGUGGGCUGAAAGAGAGGAGGAAGAGCAGGAAGCCAGGGCUGGAGGUGCGGACACUCAGUGAUGGCAAAACCAUGAGCUCUUUGAGGCCAGCGCCCCAGUCACCCCGGCUCAUCCAGAUUCGGGAGAGAAAGGCCACCCAGAUGCUCACUAUCGUCCUGGGAGCAUUCAUAGUCUGCUGGCUGCCGUUCUUCUUGAUCCACAUCCUGAACGCCCACUGCCCUUCCUGCCACGUGCCCCCAGCGCUCUACAGUGCCAGCACCUGGCUUGGCUACGUGAACAGCGCCCUCAACCCCAUCAUCUACACAACCUUCAACACCGACUUCCGCAGAGCCUUCCUCAAGAUCCUCUGCUGCUGA